AGGACCAUCCACUCUUACAGCGACUUCAGGUUCUACUGGGACUUCACGAUGCUUCUUUUCAUGGUGGGCAACCUCAUCAUCAUCCCGGUGGGCAUCACCUUCUUUAAGGAGGAGACCACGGCCCCCUGGAUUGUCUUCAAUGUGGUCUCUGACACGUUCUUCCUCAUGGACCUGGUGCUGAACUUCCGCACUGGGAUAAUCAUCGAGGACAACACGGAUAUCAUCCUGGACCCAGAGAAGAUUAAGAAGAAGUACCUGAAGACCUGGUUCUUGGUGGAUUUUGUCUCCUCCAUCCCUGUGGAUUAUAUUUUUCUCAUCGUGGAGAAGGGCAUCGAUUCGGAGGUGUACAAAACGGCCCGGGCCCUCCGCAUCGUCCGCUUCACCAAGAUCCUCAGCCUGCUGCGUCUGCUGCGCCUUUCCCGGCUCAUCCGCUACAUCCACCAGUGGGAAGAGAUCUUCCACAUGACCUAUGACCUGGCCAGCGCGGUGAUGAGGAUCAUUAACCUUAUCGGCAUGAUGCUGCUGCUGUGUCACUGGGACGGCUGCCUCCAGUUCCUCGUGCCCAUGCUUCAGGACUUCCCCAGCAACUGCUGGGUCUCCAUCAACGGCAUGGUGAACAACUCGUGGAGCGAGCUGUACUCCUUUGCCUUGUUCAUGUCAAUGAGCCACAUGCUGUGCAUCGGCUACGGGAAGCAGGCCCCUGAGAGCAUGACGGAUAUCUGGCUCACCAUGCUCAGCAUGAUCGUCGGCGCUACCUGCUACGCCAUGUUCAUCGGCCAUGCCACCGCCCUCAUCCAGUCGCUGGACUCCUCCCGGCGCCAGUACCAGGAAAAGUACAAGCAAGUGGAGCAGUACAUGUCCUUCCACAAACUGCCCGCCGACUUCCGGCAGAAGAUCCACGACUACUAUGAGCACCGCUACCAGGGCAAGAUGUUCGACGAGGACAGCAUCCUGGGCGAGCUGAACGAGCCCCUGCGAGAGGAGAUUGUGAACUUCAACUGCCGCAAGCUGGUGGCCUCCAUGCCCCUCUUUGCCAACGCAGACCCCAACUUCGUCACAGCCAUGCUCACCAAGCUAAAGUUCGAGGUCUUCCAGCCAGGCGACUACAUCAUCCGCGAAGGCACCAUUGGCAAGAAGAUGUACUUCAUCCAGCACGGCGUGGUGAGCGUCCUCACCAAGGGCAACAAGGAGAUGAAGCUCUCAGACGGCUCCUACUUCGGAGAAAUCUGUUUGCUGACGAGAGGCCGCCGUACGGCCAGCGUCCGGGCCGACACCUACUGCCGCCUCUACUCGCUCUCGGUGGAUAACUUCAACGAGGUGCUGGAGGAGCACCCCAUGAUGAGACGGGCCUUCGAGACCGUCGCCAUCGACCGCCUCGACCGCAUAGGGAAGAAGAAUUCCAUCCUGCUGCACAAGGUCCAGCACGACCUGAACUCCGGGGUCUUCAACAACCAGGAGAACGAGAUCAUCCAGGAGAUCGUCAAAUACGACCGGGAGAUGGUGCAGCAGGCGGAGCUGCAGCAGCAAACGGCCAUAUACACGCCCGUCCAGCCCCAGGUGACCUCGGCCAUCGCCACCCUGCAGCAGGCUGUCGCCAUGAGCUUCUGCCCCCAGAUGGCCAGCCCCCUGCUGAGCUCCGUGGCCCUCGGUUCUCCCAGGAUGAUGCGGCGCCUGCAGUACGCCCAGAGCGUCCCUGGUCCCUUCUCCGUCUCCCCGGUGCUGUUCCAGCAGCAGCAGCAGAACAUGUCCCUGCAGCAGCAGCAGCCGCCCCGGCCCACCUCCACUGGCACCUUCAGUUCAAUGGUGUCCAGCCCUCCGACCCAAAGCCCCCGAGCCAGCCGGACGUUCCCUUACGCCACCCAGGAUCAGUCGGGCUCCCAGUUGUCCCUGACACAGCAGACGGCUCCUGGCUCGCCCCAGCGGCUGGCCGUCCACAAAAGCACACAGGCCCUGCACACGAGCAGCCUGAGCGAGGAGUCGAGGCCUUUGUCAGCCUCGCAGCCCUCCCUGCCUCACGGGAUCUCGCAGACCAUGACCCAGAGCCCUCCGCCCUCGGCCCACGAGUCCACCACCUCCGUCGCCGGGGUCCAGGCUUCAGCCUCCCCUGGCUCGGGCCCCCAGGCCGGGCUCAGAGGGGCAGUGCCACCCCGCAUGGCCCUAUCCCACCAGAUGUCCACGGGCUCUGUUUACGCGGGGGCAGCCGGCAGCCAGCAGGACUCAAGCGGCGCCCGGAAGGAUUCGGUGAUCAGUGCCCCUGACACGGACCCUGCCAAAUCCAGGCUCUCUUCCAACUUGUGACCUUUGCUCCUUGCCCGCUGAUCCCGGGCAGGGGGUAAUGAUGGGGCUGCCAAGCAGCAGCAAUAUCCAUCGUAUCCACACUCGCGCCUGCUUGUUUCCAGGUGGCGAAGGCCCCACCCUGGCUCGCUCCCUAGGGGAGUGGAAAUCAAAGGGAUAAUGAGCCCCAUAGCCAACUGUGGGGGUCGCCACCUGCAUCCGGGGCCUCUGACACAGCCGGGGCCCUGCCCCCUUCUGUACAGAGCACAGCAGCCGGGCGUCGCUUCCACACGCUUUGCCCAGAGAAGCCAAGGUAGGAGGGGCGUGGACAGAGACCCCUGCCAUUCCUUGGGCUGGGGAAGGUCCAGUCGAGCCCCCCACACGCCCUGAUGAAUCAUCUAUGACCAAAGUCCAGACCCAUCGCCCGCUGCCACCGCCCUUGUGAAGAGCAUCGUCCAUCUGAACCCACUGAUUGCACCAUAGAAGCCAUAACUAGUUAAUCUCUUGAUUAUGAAAUCUGUAUAUUAUAUAUAUAUGAAUAUAGAUGUGUGCGCAGGCCCCGCCUCGUAGGGCCGCCAAUGGGAGCCCACACGCACCAUAUAGCCAGGCUCCAUGACAGCGCAGGGCUCUGUCGAACAGGUCGCCCACCCGGGGGCCUGCCAGGCCCCACCAAGUUCCCUGCUCAGCGUGUUCUGCCUCCUGGCACCGGCCAGUGCCCAAUGCGCACCCUAGCCCUGUGCCACGUGCCCUGUGCUUGGCCGAAAGGCUCUGUCUGCAAAGGCCUGUGAGGACGGGCGCUUCCUCGGGCUGCCCUAUCCUCUGCCCUUGCUGGACUAGCCCUUGGGGCUGGAUGCUUCUGCCCCCCCCAUCCUGUCGCCCCUGCAGUGUGCCCUG